AACUACCUUAAUUUAAUUUCAUUACCUUAAAGUGACAUAACAGCGGGAUACGGUCGGAAAUAAAUGGAGGGAAGAAGUAAUAAUUCGACUUAAAAAUAAUACCUUAAACUAAAAGGUAAUUACAAAGUGUUUAUGCUGCUAAUAGGUCUGCGCGUGAUACAACACGGGGAGGCUCCAUGGCUGUAACGCGUUACAGUAAUCCGUUACGAGCCAGCCCUGCCUCUACUAUCACCCGGCUGCUGCUUUGUCUACGCGUCCAUGUGUGUUUUUCCCUUCGCAGUGUCGGUGCUGUGCCUCCGGUCUGUCAGCCUCUCUGCCAUUGGCUUCAGAGACCUCCGGUCCUCCCUUCAUAACACAGUAGACCCCCACGCGCUCACACGCACAUCCACUCACGCGCACAGUGCUUUCGAGGAGCGACGGUGAAAUGUUGUUUAAACUGCGGUUUACCGACUCCUUUCUUUUCAGCUUCACAUCGGCGAGGAGCGCAGGGAAGCUUCUGCGAUGCGCUCAACCGGGGUCUCGUCGGAGUUGAAAUAAGGGAAACACGGGGGGUCGGGAAAGCGAGAGAGAGGGAGAUAUUGUUACGAGGAUGACUGAUUGGUGACAAAGAAAACGGGGAGCCCCUCUGGCUUCGGUUGUCACCCGCUAGAACUUGACGGAAGGCGUUUCGGGGGACCGGCUUGGAUAGCCAAAGAUUUUUUUAUCAUUAUUAUUUUUGGAGGGGAACCAUGCCUGUCCGGAGGGGUCAUGUUGCUCCUCAAAACACGUUUUUGGGAGUAAUAAUUCGGAAAUUCGAAGGACAAAAUAAGAAAUUUGUCAUAGCCAAUGCCCGGGUACAGAACUGUGCUAUCAUCUACUGUAAUGAUGGCUUCUGCGAGAUGACGGGCUUCUCCAGGCCGGACGUCAUGCAGAAGCCGUGCACUUGUGACUUCCUGCACGGCCAGUUCACCACCCGGCACUCGGUGGCUCAGGUGGCCCAGGCGCUGCUGGGCUCAGAGGAGCGCAAGGUGGAGAUCACCUACCACCGCAAGGAUGGUUCAAACUUCCUGUGCGUCACCCAUGUCAUCCCGGUGAAGAACGAGGAAGGCGUGGUCAUGAUGUUCAUCCUCAACUUCGAUUACAUCCUGGAGGAAGACAGCAGUGACUCACUGGAGAAGCUCAACCACACCUCGCCAUCCAAAGCUGACCAACGAAAAGGGAGAUUCUUUCGCUUCCGUUUCCCGGCCUUACCUCUCCUGGGCAUCAACAAGCAGUCCCUGCCCCAAGAAGACCCAGACGCCGUCAUGGUGGACUCCCCUCGCCACAGCGAUGGCUCGGUGGCUACGCGUGACUACCAACUUCCCACCACCCGCGAGAGCUGCAGUCCCUCUUACGCCAACGACACCCGUGCCCUCAUCGGCCCCAGCCAUUGCUCCACCCCCGUGUCCGGGCCUUUGGACCACUCGUCGCCCAAGGGCCCCUGGGAUCGGACAUACCCUGACAGGUCCAUCACCCAGAUCAAACACCAGAUCAAGGAGGACACGCUCGUCGCUGCUCCGUCAAUCCCUGGCCUCACGCCAACCGCCUCCAGAGAGAGUGUGUGCAGCAUUCGCAGAGCCUCCUCCGUACAUGACAUGGAAGGCUUUGGGUCCAACUCCAAGAUGCCGUUCAGGGACAGACACGCCAGUGAAGACAAUGGUCGCAAUAUUAAAGGGCCGCUCAGCCAGCUCAAAUCCAGCCUGCUCGGCUCCACCUCCGACUCCAACCUCAACAGGUACAGCACCAUCAACAAGAUUCCCCUCAUCACACUCAACUUCUCUGAGGCCAACAAUGAGAAGAAGUGCCCCUCUCCUCCAUCCUCUGAGCAAACCAUCAUCGCCCCGAAGGUCAAAGACCGCGCACACAAUGUCACCGACAAGGUCACGCAGGUUCUGUCUCUGGGUGCAGACGUGCUGCCUGAGUAUAAACUCCAAACACCCCGUAUGGACAAGUGGACCAUCCUACACUACAGUCCCUUCAAAGCAGUGUGGGACUGGCUCAUCCUGCUGCUGGUCAUUUACACGGCCAUUUUCACGCCCUACUCUGCUGCCUUCCUCCUCAACGACAUCGAGGAGCAGAGGAGGCGGGAGUGUGGCUACUCCUGCUCGCCCCUCAACGUCGUGGAUCUGAUAGUGGAUAUUAUGUUCAUCGUGGACAUCCUUAUAAACUUCAGGACCACGUACGUCAACGCCAACGAGGAAGUGGUCAGCCACCCGGCCAAGAUUGCCAUCCACUACUUUAAAGGCUGGUUCCUCAUAGACAUGGUGGCCGCCAUCCCGUUCGACCUGCUCAUCUUUGGCUCAGGAUCAGAUGAGACCACCACUCUGAUCGGCCUGCUAAAGACGGCUCGUCUCCUACGGCUGGUACGAGUGGCCCGGAAGCUGGACCGGUAUUCAGAGUAUGGUGCCGCUGUGCUCAUGCUGCUCAUGUGCAUCUUUGCCCUUAUUGCCCAUUGGUUGGCCUGCAUCUGGUACGCCAUUGGUAACGUGGAGAAGCCUUACCUGGAGCAUAAGAUUGGCUGGCUGGACAACCUGGGGGUCUCGAUAGGAAAGAAAUACAACUACAGUGACCCCAGCUCGGGCCCCUCCAUCAAAGACAAGUACGUCACGGCUCUGUACUUCACCUUCAGCAGUCUGACCAGUGUGGGCUUUGGGAACGUCUCCCCCAACACCAACUCUGAGAAGAUCUUUUCCAUCUGCGUCAUGCUCAUCGGAUCUCUAAUGUACGCCAGCAUCUUUGGGAACGUGUCCGCCAUCAUCCAGAGGUUGUAUUCAGGUACAGCCAGGUAUCACCUCCAGAUGCUACGCGUCAAAGAAUUCAUCCGCUUCCACCAGAUCCCAAACCCCCUGAGGCAGAGGCUGGAGGAAUACUUCCAACACGCCUGGACGUACACCAACGGCAUCGACAUGAAUAUGGUCCUGAAGGGUUUCCCAGAGUGCCUGCAGGCCGAUAUCUGCCUCCACCUCAACAAGAACCUCCUCGAGGGCUGUAAGGCGUUUCACGGAGCCACUAAGGGCUGCCUCCGGGCCCUGGCCAUGAGGUUCAAGACCACCCAUGCGCCCCCUGGAGACACCCUGGUCCACGGCGGAGACGUGCUCACUGCGCUCUACUUUGUCUCCCGUGGCUCCAUCGAAAUCCUUAAAGAUGACGUUGUCGUGGCCAUACUGGGUAAGAACGACAUUUUUGGCGAGAUGAUCCACCUGUACUCCAAGUCGGGGAAAUCCUGUGCAGACGUGCGGGCGCUGAGCUACUGUGACCUCCACACCAUCCAGAGGGAGGAGAUCCUGGAGGUUCUGGACAUGUAUCCAGAGUUCGCCGACCACUUCCUCACAAACCUGGAGCUGACCUUUGACCUCCGUGAUGAAAAGGCGACAUGCUCACAAGCAGCUGACUCUAACACGGAGGACAUCGAGUGUCGAAGACGAGGGUCCUACAAAAGGAAAACUUCCACAGGCUCGCACAACAAGGAGCCAGCAGCCACCUACUGCGACACCAAGCAACGGAGGCAGAUCUACGCCCCCUCAGCAGCUGAGGAGAGGAGAGAGUCCGCUGAGGAGGGAGAGGAUGAGGAGGAGGAAGGCAGGGAGGAGGAAGAGGAGCAGAGGCCCUUGUGUUCUGGUGUGCUGGGCUACCCGGUGGUUAGGGACCACACCGUGGGCCUCGGGCUGAGCGCAGACGCACAGGCUGCAGACAGCACGCAGGGCCAGACAUUUAAAGAGCUCCAUGCAGACGAGUGGGUACGUCAGCGUCCUGUCGAGGGUGUGGUGGAGUCAGCACAGUUUCGGGAGACGGCAGCGGGGGAGGAUGACAGCGACACAGACCUCACCUACGGGGAGGUGGAGCAACGGCUGGACCUGCUGCAGCAGCACCUCAACAGACUGGAGUCCCAGAUGACUUCAGACAUCCAGGCCAUCCUGCAGCUCCUCCAGAGGCAGACCACGUCGGGGCCCCCCGCCUACAGCACCGUCACCCCCAGCCCCGAGUACCAGAGGCCAGCCAUCAGGGUGCAGCCGGUGUCUGCCAUCCAGACAGAGUUCAGCCUGGCUCCUGCUCCGCCCCGGCCACAGAGCCCAGAAAAGGACCCGAACAAAUCCAAAGAAUCCUCCCCGGUCCUCCUCCGCACAGAGACUCUUCCAGACGGGAACUUUUCUGGACUGCUGGAGAGCGACAGGGACUCAGAGCAGAGACACACACUGAACAGCGCGGACUGUGUAGAGCGCCACCAACAGGCAGCGAGGUUCCCAUCAGGCCGACAGGCCUCACUACCUGAAGUCCCCAGCAGCUCAGGAAUGUUGGCACUGCACAGGCCAGUUUCUGACCCGGGGCUUCCAGGACAGUAGGCCUCCCCGAGCCCUCCGACGUCGACCGAAGGUCUUCUCUCAAGCUUGACUCAGGGUCUAAGAAAGAGACUGUUUAUGCAAAGGAAACAAACUGUAGACUUUCUUCCACUACUUUUCGGAAAAUCUCCCAGCCCCCACCCUUUCCAACUCUGAUUUAGAUGUAUAAAGUCCAUUUAUACAGAGGUAUUUAUACACUAUAUUAUUACCACAUGUAAAGUCAUCUACCAUGUACAUACAUAGAACACUGCCAGCACCACGAGGCACUUAAUGUGCUUUUUCUAAGAGAUAUGCAUGUUUUCCUUUCUCAUGGUUUCUUUUCUUUUCUGUCGCAUGUUCCUCACACACGCUGACUCACCAGGAGUCAGGUGUGAUCUUGGCAUGCAUACAGACUACUGUAGCUAUCAAGUCUCAUUUUCUACCACUCUUCCCUCUUCACAGGGACAAAGCUACUUGAAACUCCUUCCGAGGCAUUUCUGUAUUCCACGCCGCAGCUUUGAAAGCUCUGAUCUUUUAUCAGCAGCCCCAAACGACCGACGCAGUUACACACUCGCAGAGAUCUGUGUGUGUGUGUUUAGCGUGCCUACUGUACACAACAUUGCCACUUCUUAUUCAGCUCAAAAAUACAGAACACAGUGUGAUAAUAAUGUGUGAAGAGGCUGCAUGGACUUCCCAUAGCACAACACUUUUGUCAGCAAUAAUGAUGAAGCCGUACAGGAAAUGAACAGAUGAUUUUCUCCAACCGGAACAAAGAAAAAAAAGCGUCUUUCAACAGCGUUUAUGUUGCGAGUUCAUUGGCUGCUCGACCUUCACACGCAGAACGUUUCUGUGGCUCAAGACAACAAAACGAAUGCUUCAAGUUGUGGAUUUUAAAAAACACAUAUUUACCAUAUAACCACCUGCAUCCUAUCAAUAUAACGAACGCAUGGUUGUGGGGUAUUUGCAGUCCAGACAUAACUUGUGAGGGACAUUUAUGUCCGGGCAGUUUGGGGAUUCUAUGAUUGCUAAAUAUACUUUGUCACAAAACGUUUCUAACCAUCUGGACCAACUCUCAGCAGACUGUUCCAGCCUUACAGUCUUACAGUUUGAAUUGCCACCAAUAUUUCUAAGAUACAGUUCUUUAAGUAGUUGCAUGUAUAUUUUUGACCUAUUUGAUUUCCAUACGACUCCAUUUCUUUUAGGUAGAUAGGUUCAAAAUAAAUGUAAAAAACACGGAGCUGGAGGAGGGGGGGGUGAUAUAAUAAAGCUGUGUGUGAUGAGGUUGAUCCAGCCUCGCAAAGUGGGGGUUCUGUGAAGUUAUGACUUUAAUGUCAGAGAAUGUUGGAGUGUUUCUCACAAAUGUAUUACUUAAGAUCAGAGAAUUCAGUGUUUUCUUGUAAAUUAGGUUUUUACUUUAAACUCAGAACAGCCGAGAUUCUUACUCAAUUGGAGUCUUUUCUCUGCCCUAACUCUGGAAUAUUAUUUUAAUUUCUUACCUAAAAUGACCCUUAUUUGCCGUUGUACAUUUCUCCAUCUCCUCGUCAUAGAAAUAGAAACUGCUGUAGAAUAGAAAUCCCCAAACUGCCUGGACAUGAUGUCCCCGACACGUGUAUGGAAAACCUUUGACUGCAGGACGGGAAGCAACGUCCUGAAUCUUCUUCACAGCUUGAGGGAACGAUCCCACGCGAUAGUUUUUGGUUGCAUGCUUUAGGUCUUCCAUUGUCUUCUUAAAAAGUACAAUUUCUUAAAUAAAUUUUAAAAAAAUCACCAGAAAACUGAAAAGAAAAAGAAAAAAGGAAUUUUUGUUCAUGUUUGGGGCCGAGGACACAGCUCAGCCUUCACUAGCCUUAGCUUUAUAAGCCUGCCUUUACAAAUGACGUGACUCCAAUGCAACAAGAACCUGCUUCUCCACCGUCAGAUGUAAAUGUACUCAACCGUUUUAGGGUGCAUGAAGAAAAAUGAAUUAGUCAUUUUAGUUUCCUAACUACACAAAUUCCCACACAAGCUCAUGUAUUGCAUGGAGACUGCACUUGACUAAAUUAUAAAAAAAAAAGGUCUCAAUCAACUGUUUGUGACAUGUAUUGAUUUGUAAGGUACAGAGAGACUUAGAAAUAACGCUUCAACCUAUUUUUCUAAAACAAAAGUUUAAUUUGCCAUUAUUUUUCUAUGUACCUUAUUGUUUUUAACCCCCCUGAUGUUGGUUAGGAGUGCUGAUGGGACGAGGAUGGAUGCAUAGCCUCUCAAUGUAGCAAGCCAGAGUUCAGUGACGGGCUUUAGGCCGGGUGCUGCGUGAAAUAGUUUGUCUUGAUUUAUUGUUGCACAUUGAUUUUCUGAUCAUUUCUGCAGAGUUUUGACAUAUUGAACUUAUUCACUUAAUUCUGAGUCAGAUACUGGAGAAAUAUUAGUUAAGGGAAGAGAAGAGAAGCCGUCACAGGAGCACAGAUGUAAAACAAAAGUUGCUAAAGCCUGACUCGACACGUCCGACGCCUGAAGAGUCGACUGAAUUUGGGAUUUGCAAACUUUUGCACAGAUUAGAAAACUUGCUGUACUGGAUAUAAAUGUCCCUUUUUAAAUCUAGUGCUGUUCACAAAUUGUUUUUAUGCAUUUUUUUAAAUGUUUGCCACUGUAUUUUAUACAAUACAACACUUAACAGCUAAUUUGAAUGUUUCUGUUCUUAACUAUAUUUAAAGAAAUGAAAUAUAUCGUGUACAUAGACUGGGGGAAAAGAAAUGCGCAAUUGUAUAAAUUAAUAAACAGAAUGCAUACUGA